UUUCACCUGUUGCACUCAUCUUCUCUUCCAUAAUUUUCCCAAUUCACCCAAAUCCCUAACUUUCCCAACCUCAAAUUUCCUCAAACUCUGCAAAAAAAAAUUCUCCCAAAUCAGAAUCCACUGACGGAUCUCUCCGAUCGCCACCACGAGAAAUUUCGAGAUACUUGUGCUACGAAUGACAUGGAGAAGGAGGCGCGCGAAGAGUUGAAUCCACUCCUUCAAACUAUAGAGAUCCCCCCGACAUCUGACCCAAAUCAGAAGCCUGAUUCAACGCCGCCUUCCGAUCCCAAUCAGAAGCCUGUGAAAAAGCCGACUCGGCAAUGGGCCGCAUGGACGCGAGAAGAGGAGGAGAAUUUCUUCAAUGCGCUGCGGCAAGUAGGAAAAAACUUUGAGAAGAUUACACACCGUGUCCAGAGUAAAAACAAAGAUCAGGUCAGACAUUACUACUAUCGUCUUGUUCGACGGAUGAAGAAGCUAUUGGGUCCUGGGUUCUCACUUGAUGCAAAAAACUCCAAGGAUACCAUUGCUGCUAUGCUCCGCUGGUGGUCUCUGCUUGAAAAAUUUAGCUGCAGCGCAUCAAAGCUGCAUCUGAAGCCUCGGAGAUUCAAAACAUUUGUAGAAGCGUUGGGGAAUCAAUUGCUAAAGGACAGAAACAAGUCCAGAAGAAAGUGUCUGAGAGUGGAUAUGUGCCUAUCUUCUCCAUCUUCAGUUGUUAGCAAGACUCCCGGCAAUGAGCCUUUCCCCGUAAAAUUCUUGUCGGUGGAUACUCAAAAUGGUAGCAAAGUAGCAUCUCCUAAGGGGGCAUUUUUCAAGCGGAUCGCAGAAACAAAUUCUAACAAGUCAGGAGCAACUAAAGGGGACCUCUCUGCCACAAGAACUGUGAAACAAAAAAGGAGGGCAGGUGGCGUUGUUGCAUCUUCUGCAUAUAAAAAAUGGGAGAGAGCGGCCAUGGCUGGUGUUUCUUUAGUUGCUGAUGCAGCUGAAGAGCUCGAGCGCAACACAAUUAACCCGAGCUUGUUAUGUAAUGUUGAUGCAAGAACGUUGACUUCAUCAGCAAAAAACCUUUCUACAGCUGAUGGCAUUAGCACAAAUCAUAUGAAGGAAGUAGAUCCACAAGCACCCGCGAAGCUUAAGCUGCAGUUAUUUCCAAUAAAUGAAGCUACACGGAAGGCUUUGGAGAAGGAUGAACAUAAUCCAUAUCUGGAGCUCACAUUAAGCUCUAGGAAGAAAAUAUCAUCUGUGCUAGAACAUCUGAACCGCAAAUGGGGUAACUCAAAUAUCACAUCUGGAGAGCUUAUUCUUUUUCCUUAUUGUGCUCAUCAAGAGGAAUUAGCUACAUAUCAGCGGUGGACAACAAGAGAUACUGUUGCAGUAGCUGAUGUGUUUCUUUCUGUGAAUAGCCCUUCUCUUUUCCGAUUAAGGUAUGGUUGGUUUUCCCUUGUUGAGCUUGAAGCAGGAGUAAGUGAAAUAUCUUUGACCCAUUUUGAGAAUUGCAUGAUGCCGGAAGACAUCCAAGUCAAAUCGCCCUCAGGAAAUAAGGCUUGUGUGCAAAAGGAUGGUACUUUGCUCAGUAACUGUAUUCAUGGGAAAUAUCCUUGUAGUUCAAAGUACCAGUCAACAUUAUUGCAUAUUACACCAUCUAGUACAGGCAAGAACGCUGAGGUUCCAGAGCAGCCCACUAAUGCGUCCCCCUCACAGUUCGGCAGGCAGAAGCAAGUUCAGGUGUCUGUAACUCAAGCUUUUGAGGAUGAUCACGGAAUGAAUCGUGCUGCAAUAUCCGAAGGAGAGUGGGCAGAUACCCUUACUGAUAUGAGUGUUGGAUACUUACUGACCGAAGCAUCCAAGGGUGCUAAUUUGGAUUGUAUAGGGACUUCUAGUGUCAAAAAUGCUUUGUUUCUUGAGAAUCCCUGCAGCUAUGACUCGUUUGAUGCUGCUGUUGCCUUUCAUGCUUCUCGUUAUCAAGCAUCAGAGCAGCCAGCCCAUACUUCCCAUUCAACCAUCUGGGGAGCAGAAGAUACAUGUGACGAGUUCAGUUUUAAUUUGUCAGGAGCCAGGAAGCAAGAAGGCUCGAACACUCCCUCUAGCAGCUCUCCUGAUAGUGACAAUGAAGUUCAUCCUUCAAAUUCGGAAGGGUUUCAAGGUUUUCUUCAGGAUUUGGCUGCAGCAGAGGCUGCUGAUAAUCCUUAUAACGACGAUGCCAAAGAUGAAGAAGAGCUUUGUGCCGAAUCACCUCCCCGAAAUGACGGCACUAAUGAGUUGAAAGAUCAGUCUCUAGCUGACAUAUAUUGGCCUGAUUCGCUUGGACCACUGGACUUGGAGAUACCGUCCGUGAGAUAUCAAGCUGAUGACUUACUCUUAGGGGACAGUCAAAAUAGUUGGAAUCGCAUGAUGGCAAAUAGCCUGGAUGCAUUUCGAAACCUGUCAUUCUUCUCGAUGGAUAAGAAUGACUCGAUUCCAUCCAUCAUGUAGAACUGGGGGCGUUAGGGUUCAUCCAUCUCUACUUGCUGCAUUGGCUAUGAAGGAACUGCCAUUGCUGCAUUUCGCUGAAGACGAGGCUUUAUAUUGUCCAAGUGAGCUGUUUGCUGCUAAUCCAACAGAUGCGGACUUGCUACAUUCGAGAGGGACGCAUGUUGUUGUAAGAUAACAUAAAGGAUGCGCUAACCUGUAUUCCAUGUAAAUUGUGGUGUUAUUGUACAAAAAGCACAUACAGGCGCUUGGCUACAAUAAAGCUUCUCUGGCCGUGUAUAA